AUGUUUGUUUUAUUGUAUAAAAUUUUUUUAUUAUCAUUAUUUGUUAUUAAUUUAAUAUAUGUUGACAAUGGAGUAUUUAAUAAGUAUAGUUAUGAACCUAACGAUGCAGAUUAUUCAUUUUGCAUAAGAAUUUCCAGAUUAUUAUCACAAAAUAAUAAGGAAGGGGAAAAACCUUUUUUUAAUAAACUAAAAGAUGAUUUUAAAAAUGAUAAUGAUAUAGAUAACUUUAUGAAAAUUCAUAAAGAAUGUAAAGUAGUAGAUGUAAAUUCAGUGAAAACACGUGAAGGUAUGAAUGAUGUUACUGUUACUAUGAAGUCAGCUUUAAAACCCGAUUUGGUUACAAUAAGUGUAACAAAUAAAUGGGUGAUUGUAAAUGAAUGGGAUUAUUUAAUGAAUGAUUUGUGUAAAGAGAACAAUAUUGAAAUUGAAGAUGGUAAUGUGAAAAAAAAGAAAAAACCGGUAAAAUACGUUGUGCGUGUGUUAGGAUAUUGUAAUAAUACCUUUUGUAAUAGUUUCUUUGCCUUUUAUUACCAUGGUAGGAUUAGGAAGAUGUAUGUUUCAUUCAAAAGAAAAGGGUGCCAAUGUUUUUAA